UCCGGACGGAGCCGGGACGGUCCGACCCCGCUUGUCGGAUCGGGUGCCUUUCUGAGAGUGUUUCUCAAUGAGGAAUAAGAUUUUGUCAUAAAAGUAGCAGCCCUCGGGAAGCUUCUGAAGUUACUGAGACAGAGGAUACCACCACCAGAAGCAGCCAUGCCUGGAGAAGGGAAAUCUGAUAUGGAGAGGAUUGGUCUCUUCAGUGAGAUGGGAUAUAUUACAGUUGGUGAUAAAUAUGUGUCACCAUUCAAUCCCAUUGCCACUGCUAUCACCCAUUCCUUCAUCCUCCAACAGCUUCAGAAGCAGCUGCAAAAGUGGUGGUGUGGAUUUGGAAGUUACUAUGGAACAAUAGGCGGCCCAGUCCAGUUCUUCAGUGCACAGUUAAAACCCAGAGAACAGUACCUUGCACCUAGAAAGAAUUUAUACACAAACCCAGGAAAGAAAGGAACUGGAUAUGGCUACACAAGUCUUACCAUCGGUAAACAGCCUUCCCACUCUGCUGAUUUCUAUGAUGAAUCAAAAGUAGCUUAUAAGAAAGAGAAUGAAGAACACCGUCACUUACUUAAAGGGUCGCCUUUCAAGUUAAAUUCUUACCCAAGGGAAUAUUUUGAUGCAAAUCCUUAUUUUCUUGAUAAACCUUUGCCACCAAUUAAAAAAGUAGAGAAGCCAGCUACACUUACAACUCCCUUUAAGCCCAGUUCUCCUGCUAAAAAGGAUGGUGGAAUGAAGGCAGGAACAUUUGACCCUUACCCAUCACAUUCUGUUGACUCUUAUGGGGCUAAAUUGCUAAAACAAAGUCCUGGUAAAAGUGAUAGGAUUUUUCACCCUCCAGGUGGACCAAAGAGCAGACCAGUGAUAAGCAUAAUGACUUUAAAUGUCAAAAGGGCACUAAAUAUGAAGAACUACAAGACUGCUUCAGUACAGUCCUAUUAAGAGCUGGAAGACAAAUUGCUUUCUCCUUCCUGCCUACCAGUAAUUCAUUAUCAAGUGUUAAUUACUACCAAAAAAAAAAGAGAUAUGGACCGAGUAGCUCAAACAUUUGAAACCAAUUUAAGCCUGCAACUCCAAACUCUUCUUUGUGUUAGUACUACUACUUGAUAAAUAAACAGUAUUUGAUCAUUUAA